ACGCUACGGUUGCUAUUUCCAACCGGCCUAUAAGAAAGUCAUUGGGGGAGGCUAUUGCAGUAGUGGACGUCUUGUGGUUGAUACGAUGAUGAUGAUAAUGACCUCAAACGAUAAUGAAUAAAUGGUACCCCAACCUUUCGCCAAUUUUUGAGAUAGAAUAGGCCCAACCCGUUCAAAACCCCAUUCAAACAGUUACAGACAUGCAAGAAAACAGACAGACAUUUUUGGAGAGAACCAAACCAACUCAAGAUGAAGAAAUGGCCUUAGAAAACAUAUUGGCAAAAUUCCGUCCUCUAGGACCGUACUAUGUGCGAUUCAUGCCAUUUCUGAUGUUCGCUUGUUUCACCAACGGAUUCUACUGCAUGAACUACGUAUUUGCUGUGGGUAUGGUUGAUUAUAGCUGCAAAUACCCAGAAUGUAUGAACACCACAUCAAUGUCAGCAACAGCCCUGAACCUGACACAGGACACGUGUCACAAGUACCAGCUCAGAGAUGACAACGGCAUAUGUUCAGUAAACUGUAGCUUGUCUAUUGUGGAGGAUUGUGAGGAGUGGGAGUAUGAUGACCCUACCAGUUUUGUGGCUGAAUUUCAGCUUGGCUGUCAGGAUUGGAAACGAGCCCUAGUUGGAACAGUGCACAGCUUUGGAUAUAUGCUUGGAUUACUCUUUUUAGGACCAAUCUCUGACAAGAUAGGAAGAAAGAAAAUGAUAGUCUUUACUGGAGUUAUGGGUGGUGUUAUGGGUCUCGCCAGGAGUGUCACUGUGUCCUACUGGACUUACGUAGCAUUUGAGCUCGUUGAAGCAUUCUCUGGAGAUACGUACUCCCCGAAUUAUAUGUUGGGUGUAGAAAUGGUAACCAAAGAAAACCGAGCCUUGUUUGCUCCUUUAAUGAUAGCAUCCAUGUCUAUCUCAGGAAUUAUCAUGGCAUUUGUCGCCUGGUUGGUACCAUACUGGAGGCACUUCUUAAGAGUCAUCUACACCCCAGCUCUGAUUUUCAUUCUCUACGCUUUCUUCCUAGAUGAAAGCGUUAGAUGGCUUCUAAUAAAAGGUAGGAAGAAAGAAGCAAAGAGUAUUUUGAGGAAAGCUGCCAAGAUCAGCCGAGUUCGGAUAGAAGAGACUACACUAGACAAAAUUGAAUGUGAAAAAGGAGAUGGCAGUGUGAAUUUGAUUAGUCUUUUAAAAAUGACGUUUUCAUCAAAGACUUUAUUUCUAAGGUUUCUGGCCUGUGCUUGUGCAUGGAUUACAGCCACUUUUAACAAAUACGGUUUAAUGAUAAACGCCGUAUCUCUAGAAGGAAAUAAGUACGUGAAUUAUGCUCUGACGUCAUUCGCAGACCUACCAGCGAGUCUGUUACUUAUUGUCAUUCUAAUAAGGUUCAAAAGGAAAAAGCCUUUGAUAUUUUCUUUUCUAAUGACUGGGUUCUUUUGUGUCGCCCAGUCUUUCGUGCCGAGAGGCUACCCAAUAAUUUCAACUUCAUUAUUUUUCGUGGGCAAGUUCACUGCGGCUUUAUCAACAGGGACAGUGUACUUGUAUACUACUGAGUUGUUCCCGACUUAUACUAGAAACACGAUGCAUGCUUUGUGCUCUUCCAUUGGAAGAUUUGGUGCUAUUCUUGCACCUCAAACAACUUUGUUGAUCCGUUAUUGGAAAGGGUUCCCAUCACUUAUCAUCGGAGGCUUGUCACUGACUACCGCCCUGAUAGUGAUGAUGAUGCCUGAUACUGCGGAAGACGUGUUACCUGAUACCGUGCAGCAGGCUGAGGCACUUGGUGCUAGACAUAUGAAGGAAGAUAGGAAUGUUUCUGAAUCGUUGUUAUAAGUUGAUCUACAGUUUUUAUAAUAACUAUUAUGAGAUAUACUAAAUUAAAAAAAAAAACAGUAAACCGUUGAAUUUAGUUAAAUAUGAGAAAAGAUUAACGCGGUGACGUCAUGCAGUUCUUCAUCAUGUCCCUCUGUGACUCGAAAUUAGUUGAGCUUUUCUCAAUGUAAUAAACCGUUGUUUUAGCUUAUCUACAGUAUAUAACUGUUAAUGAAAAUGAAUGUUCUUCUCGACUUGUACAUAAAAACUAAUACUCUUCUGCUCUCACCUCUUACUGACUAGAAAAUCAUCCCGUUCCUACUCCUGCUCUUCGACCCGGAGCCCCAGUAACCCGCUAGGUAGUCUGCAGCUCUAUAUUUAUAUGAACGUUAGUGAAUUCUUAAUGAACUCAAGAACAUGUUUAACUUUACAUUUAUGAAUCAUCAAAGAUUAUUUUUACAUUUCUUCAUUCCAUUUCCAUUCAAAUGUUCAAUCAUAUAAAAAUAUUUUCUAACUUUUCCUCAUUAGUCACCAUAUGGCUGAAUAUAGCUAAGACAGAAUGGCUUAAAUAAGAGGAUACUGUCGCUUAAGACCUUAAGAUUAGAGAAAUAUGACUUAGUACAACUGUGAAUUGAAUUGUUAUACAAAAAUAUUUACAUAUCUAGACGAUUAUUGCAUCUACAAUAAUUGACAUGUUGUCAGUGCCAUUAGUACAAGUAUGUUUUACGUUUAACGAGAGUGUGUUCGGCGACCCGAUUGGUUGGUCCAUACGCACUGGCCAAUCAGAACACGGUUUUCAUUUAAGCAGAUUUUCGUUCAACAUAAAGCAAACGCGUAAUACGGGCACAGUAAUAGUUAUAAAAACAACAAUGUUCAAAACAUUAAUCUUCUUGUUUGGUAUUGUACUAAAUAUUUCCUAAAAAAAGAACUCCGAAACAAGUAUUUGUUUUUAAACUUCAUUUUAAUUUUAAUUUCCCUCUUUCUUCUUUUUUUUAUCGAAUAGGGGCAAACGAUUAGACGCAGACUCUUCACCUGAUGGUAAGCGAACAGUGCUGCCCAUGGACACCAGCAACACCAGAGGAAAAAAGGGAGCGUUGCCUGCUUUUAAAAAAAAAUACGCGUUUUUUUUUAAGGUCAAAAUAGAAUAGCAUUUAAUUCUUUUACAAAUUGUAAAAUAGACACUACACAUCUCUUCUUACUAAAAUCCCCUCCUAAUCUAACUCUUAAAAGGCCUCUCCUAAUCUGCGUAAAAAAAAUAAUAAGCUCUAAAUGCUGUCAAGCGAUAAAACAAUACAGUUUCAACUAUGACAAAUGGCAACAACCUUAUGUAUAAGAUUAAAAACACGCAUACAU